AUGAACAACGACACGGAGGGUAUGAAAAAUCAGACUGUUAGUAAAAUUCAACGCGAGUACUUCAACAGACAAGCCUUUUUACAGAAGUUCACGGAGAGGGAUUUACUCGUCCCAUACUCGAGAUUAGUGGGAGAGAGAGUUGUUUCGCUUUCAGUACAGUUCCAUAGAGCCUUUUUUCAGUAUGAAUUCUCUCAUUGUUUUCCUUAA